AUGGAAGAGGGCAGGGGUGUUGGGGUUGGGAGCUCUGGCGAUUCGGAUUCUGCCUCUUCCUCCAUAACCGUCCAGGUGAAGUUCGGCGGCCGGACGAUCCCCCUCUCUGUUUCCCCCAAUUCGUCCGUGAGGGAGCUCAAAUCGCUGCUCCAACCUCUCACCAAUGUCCUCCCUCGCGGCCAGAAGCUCAUCUGUAAAGGUACUCCCCCUUUCUCUGUUGAUUAAUUUUGUCGAGCUAAAGUGUAUUCUGAAUCCUUGCCGAGCCACGAGGUAUUCCAUCCUUCGGAAAAAAAUAGGGGGGGGGGGGGCCUGCGGCGCGGGGGCGGACAGAAGAAAUGAAUAUUCAGUCGAUGGUCCGAAGAAGAACGAAAUGAAUGAAUUCAUCUUUAUAUUGUCUUCUGAGUUUCCAACUGUCGUUGUUCGAGAACAUUUUAGUUUUCUAGUCCUUGGCUUCGGAAAUGUCACCGUCGAUAUGGUUCUCAAGCAUCCUGAAUCAACUUCUAGUUUCGGAACUAAACUAGGAGUUUAGGAAGCAUCAAGUGAAAGACAAAAAGGUUAAAAAAUGGCGCACCAAUGAACUCUUGGUUAGAGUUGUCGCGCUUGGUUUAUACUCUCGUCUUUCAGUUUUCAUGGUGUCCUAUUUUGACAGGUUAUAUUGUUCCAUUCCUUGCAUAUUACCAUAAUUGCUUAGAGGGGAUGACAGAGAACUUUAUGCUUUUUCAUCCUUUUCUAAUUGAUCGCAUGCAUGGAAAUGUCACUAACAGCUUUUAGGGUGACGCUUUUCUACAUUAUCAUAUCCCUUGUAUCUCGCCGAACUUAAUGAAUUUCGUACAUCAGUUAUGACUAGAUAUUUUCCAUAGGCAAAGUUCUUGCUGACCCGGCGACAUUGAAGUCAUCACAAAUCUCUGAUGGAUCAAAAGUGAUGCUAGUUGCUUCUCAUGGUGUACAUCAAGGGGUAAUCUACCGACUAGUCUAAUUUGUGUCGUGCAUGUAUACAGAAAUCUUAUCGACUUGCAGAUGAAUGCCUUUUUGGAUUUGAUGAUAAUAAUAAUAAAUUUAAAGUAUAAUAGGAAGGGUCAAAACUUGUAAACUGUUAUUGCAUAUCAUCUAUCCAUUCUUCAUCAGUCAUGUAUUAGUAAAUGCCACAACAUUUUCUUAUGCUACCUAGUAAGCAGCUAGAAGGUUGGAAAGGAGGCAGGCUAGGCUCAAUAUUGUUGAAGGAUACUUCGAAAUGUGAGGAACUAUUUAGAUAUUCUCCUAUCCUCUGUACGAUUAGUUCAAAUAUAGGACUGACAUUCUACAGUUAUGUACCUGGUAAGAUCAAAGUGCAUCAAAGGUCAAGAAUAUGCAGCUAUGAGGCUGGCGCUUUGUGUUGUGCUGGGUACCUGAAGGUAGGUAGAGCGGUUGCGUUGGUUGGGUGGUCUUUUAAAUAGGUGUUUGAGACUGGGCGGUGUAAAAUAUCAUGUAGGUGUCAUCUUUUUGGAUAGUCACUUGUGCUUAUCAGAAGUCAAAUAUCUCAACAGAAUCGUGAUCACCAAUCUACAAUCGAUUAGCUUUGCCUUUUCAAGUUUUCUAUAAGCAUUUUUCUAUUCAUAUGGUGCAAUAGACCAUGUUUGAAGCUUCUGUGCUCAUCUCGGGCAGUCAUCUCGCUGACUCAAAAUAGUUAGAAUCUCAUGCAUUAUUUAAAGAAUAAUUUCUUAAAUGUGAGUUUAUUGUUUUCCUUGGUAGGAUGGUCCCAUUACCAAUCACACCUCGGCAAACUUGAGAAAGAAUGUCAAUGUGAGCCGUACUCAUGGCCAACAGGCCAGCGUGGCCAUUGAGAAGAGCCGCUUAGAACGCUGGAGGUUGACUGGUAUUGUUGCUUUAUCAGAUUUCCAAUUGAAGGUAAUUUUUAAUGCAAAAAAACUAUUCAGCUAAAUCAUCACCUGGUUACUACUGCAUAGGCCUUUUCACAUGGAAGUUUCUCGUUUCCUUUUUCUUACAUUAGCCCACGUGAUUUGUAGGCGUUGUCUUCUUUUGUUUUUUUCAAGGCACCGGCAUGUGUGCUAGACAAUGGAAAAGAGAUUAUAUACUGGGUCUUUUGAAAAAGGAAAAAGACUCCAGGCCGUUACAUUUCCAUGUAGUGAUUAGGAUUUGUCAUCAAAUUUCUAUGAGUUACCCUGAAGCACUUCUUCUUAACCAGUAAUCGCGCCACAAAUUUAGGAUUUUGGCACAUGUCAAAUUCCUGAAUAUUGUGUGUGGAACUGUAUUCCUCCGUGAAUCCAAUAGGAAAUUCAAAAAUUUGGAAAUUAUUUGUCACAACUAAGAACAUACUGAAUGGAAUGGGAGAUUGACUGGAAAUCCUUGGGAAUUCAUGUGUAUGCCUACUAAAAGCUAACUAGUUUAUAAUGCAUGCAGAAGACCCUACCUGUUGUUGUUAGGGAGGAGGAUGAUCUGACGGAAAUGGGAGACAAGUGUAGUUCAGGGUGUCGUCAUGAGGAGUUUCAAAGUUCAGAUGUCAGUAUCUUUUAUUUGGUUUCUGAUUUGCAUAUGAAGGCCACCUGUCUCCUGGGUCUGCUGGGUUUUCGGAAUGUGGAAUUAUCGAUUCCAUGUAGACAAUGUUUCUGCUUUAUUGAGAUUUAGGCAACACCUACAGCAAUAUCCUUGCCCCCUUGCAGAUUUGAAAGUCUAAGAAAUGCCCCCUCGCCUUGCAGGAAUUGAAUGGUGGGAGCUGCUUUCCCCAUUCAUUCUUUGGGAUAUUUGUGCAAAGUAGUGGAACGUUCCACAGAAAGGUCCUUCAAGCCAACACUGGAAGGCUAACCGUUUUGAUGUUGAUUAGGCAAUGUGAUGAAUGCCAAGGGUGAUUAGGAUUCAAUUUUUUUGGUAGGUUCUGACCUCUCUUACAAUUACAGCCAAGCAAAUCGGAGGAGAAGUCGACACUUUUUAAUUCUAUCACCGGCUAGAAAAUAGCAACAUAAAUUAACUAAUUUAUUUCAUAAUGGUAGUUUCAUUUUACGUCUUUUUUGUCAAUACCGCGUUUUCAAAAUAUCACGAAUUUCUAUUGUCCAAGACUGCCAGUUUUCUACAGUGUUGAUUGAGUCGCCGCUGUAGUUCUUUCUCUCUGUCAUUGUUCUAACAUUAUGUGAUUUUGGUGGACAUACCUCUUUCUGUCUUUCUUGUCUAUUUGACUUCUCACUAGCUUAUCUUAUUUACAAGUAUUUAACUGCACGUUUGGCGCCAAAUUUGUUGUCAUUUAUUGACUUUGAGUUCAAUUGCUCUUUCUAUAAGGUCAUACCUGAGGAGGUCUGGGCUUGUGGGCUCCAAGCUAGAUUAUUGGAUCUCAGCAAUAACUUCAUUGCAGAAAUACCAGCGAAAAUCGGCACAUUAGCAUCAAUAAGUGUCAGUCGCUUGUUUUCUAGCUAUUUCUGUUCACUGCUUUUGAUAAAGAGUUUACGUCUGAAUAGACAUUUUAUACAUUUUUCAUAUAUAUAUUUUAUAAAGGUUUGAUAAGUUCUUCUUUAAUUUUGCAGAAGUUGUUUCUGAAUGCUAAUAAUUUAUCUGACAACAGUAUUAAUUGGGAAGGUAUAUCAUAUCUGAAGUCUUUGGCGAUUCUCAAUCUUAGUCAAAAUCAGUAAGUGUUUUUAUGAUUUUAGUUUCUUCUGUUUAUCUUCUGCAUGAUGUUUCAUGAAGAAUAAAUGUAUUAAUCGUGUGUGCUUAUGGAUGCUUACCUGAACUACUAUAUAUCUAACUAUAUCUCACUGAAUGUGUCUUCGUUUUCUUCUCACUUUGUGGUUGGGGGGUGGGGGGAUAGAGGACGCGGAUCAUUGCCAGCUCAUGAGCUGCUUUAAAUUUAAUCUAAUGUUCCGGUUGUUGCCUGUGUAUCCUUAAGACUUUUCUAGGCUUAACUAGACUAUGAUGAGAUACCAUGUCUUUGUGUCUUCUGCACCAAGAAGAGUAAUUGGCCUUCCUUCAUCGGUGCACAUUCAGGCCCAGGCCUGGACCAUUUUAGGCCUAUACCAUCUCCAAUUAUACGUAAUAAUUCAAUUAUUGUGAUUCAUAGCAAGUGAAUCACAAUAAUUGGAAAGAGUAUUUUGCCUCGUGCAGUUUGAGCACUCUGUAAACUCUCUCUUGGAAAGUCUUGAUGCGCAUAUACUUUUUGUAUUCGAUGUCCUCUCACUAAUUUGCAUCCCAAUGAUUUAUGCAGUUUGACCGCUCUGCCCUCUGCCCUUUGUACGUUGACUUCGCUUACACAAGUUGAUGUCGCAAACAACAGGCUGACAGGGCUCCCUGAUGACAUUGGAAAUCUAAACCAACUUCAAGUUCUGAAAACGGGGAACAACAGGUAGACGCUUGAUUUAACGGUCACUAUUUCACCGGCUUCUUAAAAAAAAAAAACUCUUGCUUUCCACAAAAAAAAUUAAAAAUGCUUAUGCCAGGGGAAGAAUUUUACAUCCUUGGUCUUCUGGAAUCUCCCAACCUCGAUCCCUGUUCCGUGGUUAGGGUUUUUGUCAUUACCAGGGACACGAAUUUCUGUCCAAGUUUAAAUAUCUAAAGCAUACAAAAUAGUUUUUUUAUUAUUUUAUUUCCUGGAUUGUGCUAGAACUUGAGAGAUCUGCCUGUUUACCCUAGCUCUAAAAUACAUCUGAGUAUUAUUCUAUCAGUUAUCUGUCUGACUUCUUUGUCUAUCUUGUCAAUGAAGUUUACCUCUGUCCAUGCUGGAAUGCAACACAAAGGGCCAUUCAAUUUUUUUCUUAUAAAAAAAAUGAUGUUUAUUCUUUCUACUGGCAGGAUACGUUCCAUUCCUUCGACCAUUGGGAAUUGUUCGUCACUUAUAGAGGUAACAAACAGAUGUGUUCCGUCUGCUUAAACCAGUUCUAUUAUAUGAUAUUUAAACCAGUAAUAAGCAAUGAAGAUUGAGCCCGUUGACUGCUCAUAUGUUUUUCGUGGACUUUGGUGUAGGUCGACCUGUCCUCCAAUCUCUUGGAUUGCUUACCCGAAGCGUUUGGGUUAUUAACAAACCUGAAGGUUGGAUCUUCUCAGAUUUCCUGAUCUCCCGCCCACACCACCCCCCCCAAUCCAGAUGAUUUAUUGUGUGUAUACUAUGCACCAGAGUUCUUGGCUUUUUCAUCUGGAUAAGCAUAUUUGUAGUCAGAAUUCUACAAGCCGAAUAUCAAAAUUCUCAGACCAUUAAAUUCUUGGUAUUUGUAGCAUCAUCCUCUCAUGAAAAAAGAAAACCCUUGCUUUUGAAUCAAAAUUACUUUAGGUUGGAGACCAAAGCGGUCGAGUACUGAAUUCUUGAUCUGUUCAUAUCAUUCUUUCAUGGAAAAGUAAACCAGACGGUGGUCCUUGCUUUGAGAUUUCAGUCGGGGAACAGAAAUUCUCAGAAAUCUUCAAUCAUUGAUCCGGUCGUUAUAUGUUUCUCAUAAAAAAAAAAAAAUGCAGACCAACGAUUAUUUUUCAUGAAAAAUUCUCAAAAUCUUCAAUCAUUGAUCCAGUAAAUAUAUGUUUCUCAUCAAAAAAAAAAAUCUGCAGUCAAACGAUCAUUUUUCAUGAAAAAUUCUCAAAAUCUUCAAUCCUUAAUCCGUUCAACAUAUGUCUGCCAGGAAGUUUGUCUGACGAUCUCACCAACUAGCUCGCUUCUUCAUUCUUCUUUUUCUGCAGAUAAUCGAUUAUUUCUUUCUUUUUUUCCCGACAAAUUGCAGUUUAUUUUCCACUAGAAAAUUAAUAUUGAUUUCUGUUUCCAUGUUUCAGUGCCUGCAGCUAAGAAACAACGGCCUCCAUUCCCUCCCCGCAACGUUAUUGAAGAUGUGCACUCAGCUCUCAACGCUUGAUCUCCACGGAACCCAGAUCACAAACGAUGUACUCCGUCAGGUGCUUUCUUUUCUCCCCUCUUCCCCCGCUCGUCCAGAAUAAAUAAAUAAAUAAAUAAAUAAAUAAAAUGGUUCUUGAUCAUCAUCAUCAUCUGAUUUCUUGAGCCAUAACUCAUGCUGUCAUCAUCGUCCGCUGGGUCUGGCAGUUGGAGGGCUGGGAGGCUUUCGACGAGCGCCGCCGCCUGAAGCACCAGAAGCAGCUCGACUUCCGCCUCGGAGCCCCCCAGGGAUUCGACGAGGGCGCGGACAAGAAUAACGGGCCCUAA